AUGGUGUCAAGGUGUGAUGAAUGUCAAAGAGCUGGUAAUCUAACCAAGAGGAAUGAGAUGCCACAACAAUACAUACUAGAGCUGGAGCUAUUUGAUGUAUGGGGAAUUGAUUUCAUGGGACCCUUCCCAACCUCCUACUCAAAUAGCUACAUAUUAGUGGCUGUUGAUUAUGUUUCGAGGUGGGUAAAAGCCAUAGCCACUGCAACAAAUGACAACAAGGUUGUGAUAAGGUUCUUGAGAAGGAACAUCUUCAGCAGAUUUGUAGUUCCCAGAGCUCUCAUUAGUGAUGGAGGGACACACUUCUGCAACAAACAACUCGAGACACUGCUUCUCAGAUAUGGAGUAAAGCACAAAGUGGCAACUCCAUACCACCCACAGACCAACGGAAGCUCAGUAAAGGACUGGUCUAAGAAGCUAGAUGAUGCUCUAUGGGCCAACAGGACAGCCUUCAAGACCCCCAUUGGGAUGUCACCAUACCAACUGGUAUUUGGCAAGGCUUGCCACUUGCCAUUUGAACUGGAGCACAGAGCCUUCUGGGCUCUAAAACUACUGAAUUUUGAUGAGCAAGCUGUUGGAGAAAAGAGAUUAAUACAACUCAAUGAGCUGGAAGAGUUUAGAAAUCAAGCAUAUGAGAAUGCAAAAAUCUACAAAGAGAACACAAAAAGGUGGCAUGACCAAAAGAUAGCAAGAAGGGAGUUCACUGAAGGACAGAAGGUGUUACUCUACAACUCAAGACUCAAGUUCUUCCCUGGAAAACUUAAGUCUCGAUGGUCAGGACCUUUCACCAUACUCAAGGUGUUUCCCUAUGGUCAUGUGGAGCUCAUGGAGAACAAAACUCAGAGAACCUUUUCUUUCAAUGGCCAUAGACACAAGCACUACUUGGGAGGCUCCUUGGAAGAGCAGAGAGUGAGCUACAAGCUCAGCUAA